AUGUGUCGAAGAAUUGAACGGGAAGAGAAGCAUCUCGAUCGGAUAGCUAAACUGGAAUCCGAUAAGAUUUCGCGAUCGGCCGAAGCGGAAGAGGCUCUUGACGAGUGCGCGUCCCUCUCGGAGAAACUGAAGCUCGCGACCGAUUCCGAACGUCGGUCGAAGGAGGACCUUGAAAGGUGUCAAGCCGAGAAGAGGUCGUGGCAAGCGACGGCCGAACGACGUUCGGCAGAUCUCGACAAGCUUCGCGACCUGCUGAAGACGUCCGAGAGAGAACACGCAAAUCUUGAGUCCCAACUUUCGAACGUGGACAAAAAUGUAACGGAUUCGAAAGAAACGGAUUCGUUGAAGCGGGAGCUGGAAAGACAUCGACAGGAGAUCCGACAACUCGAACGACUUCUUAACGACGAAAAGAGGGAGAAGUCGGGUGAAUCCAACGAAAGAAUGAUUUCGGAAAUAAGUAAAGAACUUAAAACGAUAAUCGACGCGCGCGAUAGACUGAUGAAAGAGAACACCGAAAUGGAAAAGAGGAUAUCGGAAUCGGAAAAAGUCUGUCGAAUUUUGGCGGAGGCGUAUUCCGAAGUGACUCGAAUCGUCGAGAACUCGGAAGACGGCCGAUCGCACGAGGAAUGUCGAGAAGUUCUCACACGACGCCUCGAUGAAGUGGAACGUUCGUUGGAAAAGGAAAGGAUGAAGGCGGCCGAUUGUGCGCAAAUGAACAAAGAAUUAAUGCGACAUAUAUCCUAUCUGACGAACGAAAUAGAAACAGUAAAUUACGGCCGAAGUGUCGAGGUAAGGAGAUUGCGCCGAUUACUGAACGAUUGCAGAAGCAAAUGGUCUCAACGACAACGUCGGCAACCUCCCGGUCGCUGUAACGUCGGUCCCAGCUACAACGUCGUCAAAGACGCAUGUUCCGGAAGUUCUGCGUGCGAAUCCGAAGAGGAAGUGGACGACGACGUUAGGGAAGACGUCCUCGUUGCAACUCCGAAGAGAACGAAAAACCCCGUCCAAUCCCGUUCGUCGUGGACUACCGACCGAGCUCAACCGCCUACGGAGGGUUGA